AUGACUGUACACGAUUAUAUCCAUCUAUACAACCUCGAUCCAGAAGAAAGUUACCUCUCUCAUUCUCCAGGUCUUGAUGUGUCUUGGAGAACCAUCCCUCUCAAGAACACCCCAAAAACAACAUUGAACCACAAGAGCCAAUACCCACAUCCACCACCAACAACCGUUCCCCAUUUCCUAUAAUAAACACAACGAUAAACAGAAUCAAAAGACUCGCACCUCCCCAGCCAGCUCCAAGUCCAGAACCCCCAAACCCUCAGCACCUGCAUACACCUCUCUCUCCUCUCUUCCCACCGACUCAAACCCACCACAACUCCAUGUUUACACAUGUCCCUGCAUGCAUGCAUGCAUGCAUACCCACUUCCCAUGCACACUACUACCUUCGGACACCGAACAAAAACCAAAAUAACACC